UCCUUCAAUAACAACAGCUAUUCAGACACCUAGCUUUCUGGCAAACAUAGCUACAACAUUCACGUUAUUUACACUGUUUUGGUGUAUAUUAGUCGAUGUGUAUUAAACACACUUCUGUUGUAUGUACUUGUUGGCCCAUUUAAUUAUAUAUUUACGUUGUUUGUCAGCUAGCUGGUUUGUUAAGUUAGCUUAGAUCUAGGCUACUCUCUAAUGCUAGAUAGCUAACAUCUCCGACCAUGAGUUCACGAAGCUACUCUCCUCCUGCUGAAGAGGAGGUCGUCUGCUGGACUGAGAAAGAAGCUCUCGUGAAAGAGGAGGAGGAAGAGAAAGAUGUCACACUACAAAAACAAGUAGAGGGUGAGGCUGUUACCGUGAAAGAAGAGAAAGACGUUUCAGUGAAAGAAGAGGAAGGCGCGUUCAGAGUGAAAGAGGAGGAUGUUACAGUAAAAGAAGAGGAGGAGGAUUCCGUUUUUGGAGUGAAAGGGGAGGAGGGGGAGAUGACUGUCACAUUGGAUGAGGAAGAGGAGGUUGGAGAUCUGUUUAACACCAGAGAGACACGGGACUAUCGUGGAUCCUCUUGGGAGGCUCAACAACAUCAUGAUUCUGACGAGGCAGAGAAGAGUCUCUUCAGAUCAAAACUCCUCAAGAAACGCCAGCAGAGACCCACAGAGAAGAAAUCUCAUUGCUGCUCUGACUGUGGGAAAAUAUUAAACUCUUCACCAGACCUUAAAAUACAUCAAAAAAUUCACACUGGAGAGAAACCUUACGGCUGUGAUCAAUGUGGGAAGAGUUUUUCUCAUCUAAAAACCCUGAAAUCACACCAGAGAAUACACACAGGAGAGAAACCUUUUGGCUGUGAUCAAUGUGAGAAGAGUUUUAUUUGGCUGCAAACCCUGAAAACACACCAGAGAAUACACACUGGAGAAAAACCUUACGGCUGUGAUCAAUGUGAGAAGAGUUUUACUCAGCUAAACAACCUGAUAGUACACCAGAGAACACACACAGGAGAGAAACCUUAUAAUUGUGAUCAAUGUGGGAAGAGUUUUUCUACAUCUAGCUAUUUAACUAUACACCAGAGAAUACACACGGGAGAGAAAUCUUUUGGCUGUGAUCACUAUGGGAAGAGUUUUAUUUGGCUUCAAUCCCUGAAAUCACACCAGAGAAUACACACUGGAGAGAAACCUUACGGCUGUGAUCAAUGUAGGAAGAGUUUUACUCAGCUAAACAGCCUGAUAGUUCACCAAAGAACACACACAGGAGAGAAUCCGUGCUGUGAUCAAUGUGGGAAGAGAUACUCUGAUAAAAGAUCUCUGAUUAAACAUCAGAAAAUACAUGAAGUAGUUGUUUCAUGAUACAUGAAGUAAUUGUUUCAUGAUAUCAAUGAAAUAAUGUCACAAUGUAGAAUGUUUUUAAUAUUGUAGGAGUAUUUUAAUGAAUGUCAGAAUGUAGAACCAUAAACAUUUGCCCAAUGUUCAAUUGAUUUUAGUCUCAGGGGAAAAAUCCAAGCUUCUUAAUUGAAAGAGUACUAUUUAUGAGAUUCAACAAAAAGUGACUAACAAAAAUAGAGUUGUGUUACAUUUACCACGUUGGUUACCCACUUGAAUCAAAAUGCAACUCUUCAAUGUUCAGGUUUUCAAUAUAUCCCAAACUGUUCCUGCAUAUUGGUUAUUGAUUUGGACACAUUAAAACUAUGUUUUGACAUUGCGCUAUUCUCACCUACCGAAAUGUAAUUCAAAAGACAUUGAAAAGAAGACUAUGCCCGACGUCCAAUUUAUGUUCGGUUGUAAGUUGAAAAUGAAAGUUGAAAAUAUGUAUUUUCGGGUCGUUUUUUCAAUGAUUUGUAAACAACUUAAUUUCAAUGUACUUGCGGCCUAUACAUAUGGACGCAGUAUAAUCAAUUGGUCUAUAAUGAAUUUUAUUAACAAUCUGACAUCACUCCAGUAUUUCUUUACAACAUUCAAGUGCUAAUUGUCUUUAUUCCACUACUGAAGAAGCAUGUCUCAAAUCACCUCAUAUUUCAAACAUCCAGCCUGACAAAAGAUACAUUUUAUUAUUCCAUGCCUCACCACUAAGUUAAUUAUUGCCAAUACAUAUUAACAAAGGGGUGUACAUUUGGCUUUGAUAUUUCAUUUUACAAUUCUUGUAACAUUUAGUAAUAAUUAUUUAUGCAACCAACUGACAAUUGUUGGGUACAAUUAUAUUGACAUUGUUAUCUUGCUUUUAGACUAUCAGGGAUCAUUCUCAGAUGUGCCAACCCAAAUGUACUAGAGCAUGACAUUGGGGACUGGGCCCAGAUCCAACAACAUGCCUAUCGAGUGAACCCUGAAAAGAGAGAGAAGCUCCACAGUGAGGUGGAAAGUUACUACGGAUAUCGCAGGAGUUUCCUCUUGAAAUCAGACAUGUCUGUGGUAAGGUCAACUUGCUUGCUGAUUGUCUCAAGAGUCGGCAGUCCAAUUUUUUUUGAAGCUGCACUGUUGGUUAGGGGCUCGUAAGUAAGCAUUUCACUGUAAGGUCUACACAUGUAUUUAGCGCAUUGAACUAAUACAAUUUGAUUUGAGUUUUGUUUGGGCUCGUUCCAAGGGGACGAGAGUUCUAGAAGCUAGUGAGUUUUAGGAAGAGUUUUAGGAUUCUAUAGAAAGAAAAAGGAGAAAAUAAUGAUACGAUUGUAUUUUAUUAUUUAGAAAUGCAUGUUUUUUCUUGUUUUUAGUUGUUGACAGCAAGUAGACACCAUGUUUAUAUUGGUGAAUCAUUGUAGUUGAUAAUAAUGUGAAUGUCUUUAAGUUUGGUGUGGGUUUUUCUUUUGUUUGACUUUUCUUGGGCAGAUUUAGUGGGUCUCAUGGUGGGUGUCUUUUAGGUCCCAGUUGUUGUUACUAGUCAACUUUCAGUGGACACCCUCAUAGUGUCUAUCAGAACCCCUCCUACAAAACAAGCUUGUAAUUUGGUUGGAUAAUUGAAUAUUUUAAUCAAUGGCAUUUCCUUAGGAUGCUCAUUAGUCUUUAAGUUGUUAUUAUUGUUUUUUAGGUCCCAGUUGAUGUUGCCAGUCAAUUUUCAGUUGAUGCCCCUGUAGUGUCUUUUAGAGCCUCUCCUAAAAAACAAGUUAUAUUUUGGGUUGGAUAUAGCGUCCUAUUGUUAAUUUUAAUCAAUGGCAUUUCCUUUCAAUGCUCAUUUGUCUUUCAGUUGUUGUUGUUCUGUUUUUUUUAUUCAUAUGUUUGUGUACUAAAUAGUUCUGUUUAUUUUCUUUAUUUUUUCCUGUGAAGCCAUUGUGUUGUAUCCAUGUCUGAAAUGUGCUGUAUAAAUAAAUCUUGAUUUGAA